AUGGUUCAACACCAAUCAGAGGUGUUUUCCCAUGCUGAAUUUAAAGACGUCCGCAGUGAAGCCAAACUCCGGCCGGGUCUGAACCACGGCCUGCACGCCAUCAUGCGAUUAGCUGGUGAGAGUGUGGAGCUAUGGUCCGGGCAGCGGUUGAUUAUGAUCUCCCGCAACGACGAGCAUCGGCCGCUGGCGCGCUUCGGGGCCACCGUGGCCAUGGCGCCGGACUGCUCGGCCGUCCUUGUCAUGGGCGGGAUUGAAGGACACAUCAUUGGAGGCGUUUGCUUGAAUGAAGUCUGGCGCUUUGAUGUGGAUGAGAAAAUAUGGAACCUGUUGGAAACACCUCCCUGGAGUCCCAGAAGGGGUGCCAUCCCUGUUGUUUGCGAAGGCCGGCUGCUCCUUGUUGGAGGCACUGGAUUAGAUGCUCACCCCGUCCGGGAAGUUUGGGCAGCAGAUAUGCAGAGGUGGUAUCCUGUGAAUUGGCAGUCGACCUCGACCAACGCGCCCUGGGAAGAUGCCAUAUGUGCCCUGUGGGUGUGUAAUUCGCAAAACAAUCAUUAUGGAGGUAGCCUCCUGUUAUUCGACGCAACCAGUACGCUAUGGUCGAGUAAAGAUGACGGCUGCACCUGGAGCAAACUCGCCAAGCUGCCCUUUGGACAAGGCUCUGAACAGUUGGCCUUCGUUUGUCAUUGCUGCGGCGUCCUGGUGGCGGUGACCAUCUCCACCCGGGUUUGGAUGUCGCAGGAUGGUGUGACCUGGUCUGCAGCUGAUGUUGCAAGGGGCGAUCCUAUGGGCCCUUAUAGCAAUGGCAAUUCUCUUCCAAUGUCCGAUCGACCACCAGGUUUACGUUGCCAAGUCACAGAUGUGGUCAGUUUGGAUUCCUCAGAGAUGCUGGUGGUGGCUCGGCAUCGAGAAACCUGCAAGCUCACUCUUUGGCGCCUAGCGCUGCAGGAAGGCAGAGCAUGUUGGCAAUGCCUGGUGCCUGACAUUCACAUCUAUCCAGGUUUCUCCUCGGUGAACCAGUUGGUGGCGGCUGGCCGUGCAGCUGUAAAGACACCAGAGGGCGAGGAGAUGAGAGCAGUGUACGUGGAGUUCAACCCCAUCAACGAGUUCACUGUGUGGCGUGCGAGCCCUCUGGCGGUGGAUCGCCAUCGCCAGAUGCUGGAUCGCUUGGGCACGGGACAGACCAAGGUGGACAUUUUCACCUGGCAGAAACACAUCAUGGGCGCUUUGCUCCCACAGAUGGGCAAUGAUUGGGUCCCGCGUGGUUUGUCGAUCCAAGCCAUCCAAACCAGCGAGUUGCCAUACCAGGAGGAGGAUGAGUUCACAUAUUGGCACUAAGAGCCCCUGAAUGUGGAACUGGCCUUUGGUUGCACGUUUCUUUGGAGGCAGUGUCAGCUAGGCAGUAUCAAAAACACCCUGCAAACGCAUGUUCAGUUUUGAGCGGUUCGCCCGCUUACAGCUGUUGAUGACCUUGGAUUUUGACGCUGACACUCAGAGUCGAUGCUAUGUUUGACUCGACCAUUUGUCUCCAAAAAAAGUCUUUGCUGUGCAUUAGCAAAUCACUGGGCUAGGCCCAAGGAGCUUGCUGCUCUUCCAUCACAGUCCUCGGACUUUUGCAUUUGUCCUGCCACUGCAUGUCUCUCAAGAAAA